AUGAUGUCGGGUCCAGCGUACACUCCGUUGCCGCAAACAGAGUAUGUCCAUGAUUCAACGCUCACAGGAGACAUCCAUCCCAACAAAGAUGUAUCCUUCUUUGUGCUUGAUGAUCGAAUUUUAGGCCCCAGCUAGUCAACCUCAGCGGGUCUCCAUAUUCCAUUUGGAUUUUUAUAAAUCUUACUUCGAUGUAGACACUAAUCAAGUGAGUUUAUCCUCAUCCCUUGAUUUUUCGCGUUCGUUUAUACGACCCCUUGAAAUGGUUGGGUUACAUACUUACUAUUAACCGUUUUCCUUUUUCUCUGUGGGAAACAGCUAUCGUUUAAAUAGCUCCGAAAACCCAUAGCUUCUACUUGUGAUAAGUCAUUGUUGUUUUACAAAUGCGACCUACAAGCUACAGUCUUUGAGUUUGAUCGUCAUUUACUUCAGUUUCCUCGUCUCGUCAGUUUACCUACGCCUAGACAGCACUCCAGGUCACUUACCCGUGUUCUACGGGCUGCGCUGCUGUGCCAACCCAAUAAAAAAGACAAAUAAUUGGUUGGCAUGUGCCGAAAAGGGGUUGGACGCCACACUAGUCACUUAGUCUGCUUUCGCCUUCAGUGGGCUUCGUCGGCACUUUGGUACACGACGUAAAGGGAAAGAGAACUGUAGACUUACUCUGGCCUCAAUUUCUCGCUCUGAUCCAGCUUUUACACACUAUCACUGUAAUAUAAUUCCGGCGCUUUUUCAUACAAUUUGUACGGGGUGAAUUCGUGACUUUGAAGGCGGCGGUUGCCGAGUUGACUUGGUACCCCCGGCUAACGUGUACAUUGAAGUGACUCCCGAGCAUGGCCUCUAUGGGAUCAUCUACCCUUAUGAGCUCCGCACCCUUAACGUUUAGUUCCUGUAUAUGUGGGGACUAGCGCAUGUGCCGCACUGGUUCAGCAACUCAUCCAACCCACCCGAGAGCUCAUAUUCGGAUAUAGGGAUAUCAACAAAAGCAUUAUUUGAAUCCUGUCAUGUAGAAUCAUUGAGCACUGUUACAGGUCAGAAGGCCCCGAUACUGGGAUUUGUACGCAGACGAGAGGCCGAUCUUCCGGUUAACCGUUUUCUUUUCAUAGUAGCAAGCUCUACCCGCAUAUAGUUAUACUUUUCUAGUUCCAAACUCCAAAAUAGUAGACGAACUCUUUUUGGGUAGUUAUCUUAAACUGUAGUUAUACCCGAUCUAGUCGGCCGCGAUGAUGUCGCAAAUAGUCCCCGUCUCGGCGUCAAAGGAUUCAGAGAGCUCGACGUAUGCUCUUCUCCAACGACGAACACUGAAAACCGAAGGUUCAGAAACUGAAUUUACAUUUUGACGAACUGUGGCAAGCCUGGUUUUGAAUUGGUCUUGUCGACUCCUCCAGCCGGGCAACGUCUGUGGAUUUAGGGCAGCAAAACCGAGCCCCUGAUAAGGACGACGAAGAGUGUGCCGAACUACCAUCCGUUUUUUUCGAAUGGCCUGAUAUGUUCUCGCACUGUGGCCGCUGCGAGUGCGGACUGUCUCAUUUCAGGCGAAGCCUCGAUACUUCAUUGGUAGGAUAGUCCUCCAGUAGCAGUCACUAAGCACUUCUUGUUUUUGCCUACGCACACCACUCAGCAUGCACAGCCGUACUGGAGGACCGACCGGACGAAUGUACGGUAUACCCGGAUUGUCGCGUCGAAUCGAUAGACGCAUCCUGAGCAUUAAAAAAAAUCCCACGAGCAGCAUCAAUUUGGGAACCAACGCCAUCCUUACUCUGCUCAUUCGGUGACAACCUCUCCCGGGGUCAUUUGAAACUGUCUUCUUCAAGUUUACAACUAUAACUCGAACGGUUAGGAGAGAUCGUUACGAACCGUAACCUGCGCAACCACAGAGCCGUAGUAGGCCUUGAUGCUACCGAUGGUUUUGUCCAGCACACCGUAUAGUUCCACAGGGACCCACGAUGGACGGGAUCGAACGCUGCUGCGAGGUUAACGAGGCAGACAGGUGCCGGUUUCUGGUAGCCUUAGCGAAAUUAAAAAUGCGUCGCGGUAUGAAUAUAUUGUCCGCGGAUCCAAGUCCGGCUUGGUCGGGUUUCGUUCCCAAGUCACACUCAGCCGAAAUCGUCGGAUACUGACAACAGCGAAGGCCAUCGUAACGUCGAUGAGGCUUUUACCGCAAUAGUUCUUUCACAUUCCUUUAUCCCCUUUCUUGAAGACUGGCACGAGGAUUUGUUAUCGAAGUUAAGGUGGUCCAGAUGCCCACGUCAGCGCUUCACUUUCAUCGGUUUGUCGGCCACCAUUUACAUCGCGAAUAUUGGCUUAUGGCAGAAGGCCUUCCGUUAACUUAACGGAUAAUUUGGUCGCAUUUUCGCGUCUCACCAAGGAUUGAGGCCCGCCAAGUAUUUCUUGCGGUCAUUCAGGACCGCGUUUGCUGUCAUUUUUCGUGAUUAACGGGAAAUGUUCGUUUGGGGACCUGCUUCGUGCCGUCUGAGCAGACAACUGCGAAGUACCUCCACUUGUCCAGUCGUCGCGUCGCCUCUGGGUUAGUCCAAGAAGUUUCUUAGCUGUCUCGAGCUGAAGAUCACUAUCUGCUACCUUCUCCUUCAUCUCUGGUCGCAAAACGUUACUGGAUGUCUGUGCCCAGAGCUUCAGCAGUGGUGGGUCGUCGUAAUUUGACGGCAUCAAGCCAUCUUGUAUGUGACGGCUCUGAUGCGGAUGAGCGGUGAACUUUUUGCGUGGACCGAAGAGAACAGGGCAUGAUCCAUGAACGUUUCCAAUUUCAGCACGCAACCUCGAUCCGCCAUCGGGGACUCCACUGCGGGACGUUGAACCGGACAGAAUGUAAUCGAUCUGACCGGCCGUAUUGCCGGCGCUUGAAUACUAGGUUAGCAGAUGUUUGCGGCUUUGCUGAAAGCACGUGUUGGUUACAAAUAUCCGGUCUUGAUUGAAAAAGUUUGGCAUUUUCUCACCAUUGUCUCGUCGAGAUCCAAGCCCAAAGCGGCCGAUAACGUGACUGUUGGAGGAAUUACCAGAUCCAGUCCGGGCACUCCAGUCUCCGCCAACAAUCAGCAUAUCACGGCAAGGGAGCCCUUAUACUAACUUUUCAAACCGACAGUAGGAACUGUCUUUAUCUCGCUCAUCGGCAGCUGAUGUUAGUGCAUAUAUGGGCAUAACAGAAAUGUUUGUAACAUGACUCUUCAGUCGUACGCAAGCCACUCAUUGACUGAUUCUCACGUAUCUAGCGUAUGCUUCACUUGUUGCGAAAGGGCGACCGCCAUACGGUGCCUAAAGAAAGAGUCGCGUGGGCUGUUGUGGUGUAAUGUGAAGCGGGAGUUAACCCCGGUGAUCUCAAUUUCUUCGGCGUCAUGGUCGGGGAUUCAGACAUCAGACAGGCAGCAGACAUCCACGUUUUUUACUCACAAUGACUGCGCGCCAUCAGAUCUUGGGUACUAGAAUCAAAGAACGUUCGAACAGUCGAGCAUCCGGUACUGAGUAUGCUCCUUAAUUGGGUACUUGAGCUCGCAUACUAUUGGCCUGCACCACUGUUCCUUGGGUCGGGCAACGCGUUCGUUCUGGUGGGCGCCAUAGCAUGGAUCUUAAUUCUUGAUUUGCAUAUUUCAGCGGAUUUCUAGGGGAUUUUCAGUACAAGCAGAUCUGCAAAAGCCGCUUUGGUUGUUUGGUCAAGGUUGCCUUCUCAAGCGUUCUGACACAAAAUCCUGACUGCAACGCAGGUUAGCAGGUAAACUUAUUUAGCGGCGGACCAAUGUCGCCAUAUCGCAGUGUCCCCAUCAGGCGUUGCACACUUUAUUCGCAUGUCGACGUACCAUCCCUCAGCAGACUGCGUCCAGGCAGCGUUGUCACCGUUUGCUCGCGACUGCCUAUCCAUAUGAUCCGAGAGCCUGUGUAUUUCGUACCUAACCGAAUGCCUUCCGACUAACUGACGCCUGUGGACGCACCGAAUAGCCAGCAGUUAGGCUAACCAGUAACGUGCCUUUCCGAACCAGACACAAAAGGUAUAAUCGCAUCGUGACAGUGUGGCAAAUCAAAUACUUUACACCUUGGUUGUUUCUAGUGAUUGGGGCGAAUGGAUUAUAAGACUAUUUAAUCUUCAUACAGUAUCUUCCUGUGUCCAUUAGUUGAAGUGCGUUGCCCGGCAAUUUCUCUCGGCUUAGUAAAUAGGGUCUCACCUAUAUGAUCGGGAAUUCGCAAUAAAAACUACUUCUGAAAAGGUUGCAAAUAAUUCAUACGGUCAAGUGAUUUUUUUUCUAUGCGCUAAAUUCACUUUGACCCAACUUUGUAAAACUCGGUGCCCCCCACCGAGGCACCGAGUUUUCCAAAGGUGGGUCAAACGGAAUUAUUUGAAAUCUGCCUAAACCUGUGAAUUAUAAACUAAAGUCAAUAUUUGAAUCCUUUGUAUAAAGAGGACGAAUACCCCAUUGCCGGUUUCUUUUCUGCAAGCCCCACGUAAUGUAACCCAAAGAUGCUCCGCAGUUUUCUAGUUGAUAAAAUACAAGCCGAAGUUAACGAAAAUUUCUAUGCUAAUGCACAUUGCACGUGACGUGGAGGUUAUGUUUGCUGGCCCUCACGAGGCAAUAAAAAUAGACAUCAGUCUUCGCCCUGCACUUUUUUUUAUAAAACAUACAGUAGAUGUGCUUUCUCAUGAAAUGUUAGCCGAAAUUCUGAAGUACGUUUUCCAUUCGGAAAGAUUACUUAGGUAGGGUUGUAAUAUUGAUUAUCAGGCUGCAUAAUUGCAAGAUAUUUCAGUCACGUCAGUGUGCCCGCUUUUGAAAGACCUUCCUAUCGGCGGUCUGCAAAAACUACAUUGUAAGAGUGACUGCUUAAGUAGUAUGAGUUUCUUCAAUCAAUUUUCUAUUCCUUUGAAUAUUUGACUAUAUUCUGCAUAAAACACGCAUAGAAACAUUCUUCUUUGUACUUAUUUGGUAGCUAAUGACAUCUACUUCAAAUUUUUCUGCCCGGAGAAAUUAUCUUUCAGUUUUUUUAAAAAGUUCCUAAUUAUGCUAUUUUCGAGGCCAGAAUCCACACCCAUUGCACAAUUUACAAGUUCUAUAUGACGUCUUCCUAACAGCAUAGAGAAAUGCGUGCUAUUCCUUUAACGAAACGUGUGCAGCACGCAGUUUAGGAACCCAAACGCUAGUGCAACGGUAGGUUGGGAUAAGAAACUGGCAGAUACUCUUUCCUCAAGUAAAAAAUCUGAAAACGUAAUUUGCUACCAAGUCAGUACGAAAAGGACUAUUUUUGUGCUUCUUUUCUAUAAACUAUAUUUGCACUCAUAAGGGCAUUGAAAAUCAUUAGGAGAAAUUCAUGCCAAUUAAGUGGCCUUUUUACGGAGUGUGGUUUUUUUUAAACGGCCAAGAGGAGUUUCAUUCAAAGGACGAAAUCCUGGCCUGACUGUAAUAUCAUAGGAUCGAUUAAUAAUGCUACAACCUUACUUGGGUAAUCUUUUCGAAUCGAAGACAUCUUGGAAUUUUGACCAACACUUCAUAAGGUAACAUAUCUGCGCCUACCGCUUAAACAACAGUAGUCCUGAUUUCCGCGAAACCCUGCGUUUGCCAUUUUAAAACAUCAGAUUUAAUCGUCAAUUAAAAUCGGCGUCGGAUGAAGCUUAAGAAAUGUCAGGGCUUCUGCAACGAGUACGCAGUUUUUUCGAAGGAUUUUACUAGAACUGAUGCCUUGAUUGAUUCACAGUGAAACUCCAUACUGCGUUUUUUAAUUAUCGCUCUGUCAACGGGGUCUUACUUUGUUUAUCUAGGUGUUAAAACGACUAUGUUCCUCGGUUUGGCCUUUUUCCAAAGAAUGCUCAUUGUACAGCUCCCUUCAACCUACGCCUGAUCUCUAUGGACCAUUUUGGAUCACAGUAACACUCAUAUUUUCAGUAGCUUUUGCUGGAAGCAUCCGCGAGUACCUUCUUCUGCGAGAUAAGUCAGCAUUGUCCACGUUCAACUUUAUGCGAGGUGAGCACCUUCUAUACUUCGUUGUUAACGCUUCGCAGGAAAUGAUACAUGUCUUUAUUUUGCACGAAAACCUGUUUUAUAAUGGUCCCAAUACUGGGACUACAAGAAAGUUUGUUUAGCUUAUGCUCCGCCCAUCUGCCAGGCAUUACUCUCUCCAGGUCGUUUUUUUGCAUAAAUACUGAUUUUCAAACUUAAUUAUAUUGGGUGGUCGAUGUGGUCACCUGUGCCGUCUGGAUCUCAGGUGAUUCGCUUAUCAUCCCCUACCAGCCAAGCAACUCUAGUUAGCGGUGAUGAACGAGAUAAAUGGGUUGAUCCAGUUAGAGUCGAAGCGGACAUGUUCACUAGAUUUCUCACUGAUAAUCAAUUCACAUUACCCUUUCCUCGAUGGAGGCCUCGUUAGCGUGUGACUUUGUCCUCGGACGCAUCCCACACCGAUUCCAGACGGUUCCGCGACAUCGAGCAAAGGUCGCCCUGGCCUAGUUGACCUGAUGCUUGAUUUAAUCCUUACCUUGCAUGCUUCUUAGGAACUUCAGUCGAAAUCGUCAGAAUCCCUUUAGUGACUCGGAAGCUUUGCCGUCUACCAUGACCAGGCAGAUGCCUCAGUGGACCACGCCUGUUUUGCAAAUAUUCAUUCUUAAGCGCACUUUAACUGCCUUUAUAGGGGUGCUGUGCACUGCAUGCUAGCGCAAGAUCACCGGUGUAUUCGUUAUCCGUAGUCCUUCAACCCGUGUCCCCUGCCCAGUGCCUGUUAAAGAACCAUUACACCACAUGUUCACAGAUGGAACGUUAAUUGACGGAUGUCGAACUUUGCCCUCACCGCCUCGCUGUCUACCACCACUGAGUUCCCAGACAGUCCGGUAGCGAAAACGGUUUAUCCGACCUUUUAGCGCACAUCUAAAGACCCCCUACCCUGCCAGUGACCACCAGGGUCCUCCGGCCUUCACGUAAGCCGCAAACUCCUCUGGAGUUGACCAUCGUUGUCUACGACGAGCCAGCUAUUGCCAAUCCUAUCCGGGCUUCCAGCCCUCGACUUCGAGAUUUGAGACGGAACUCUCGAACUGCCCUGCCGCCAUGUGCCCGUCCUUUCUUUCAACAUCGAUGUACAUGGUUGGACUCAAGACAGAGUCAUGGCCGAUUCGUGUUCGUACACAGCCUCCCACCUAUGGCAUCCUGAAUGCAGUAUCUCGCAGCACGGGGCAGCGUGGCUGUAACAUACUUACCUCAUACUGUAACACAUCCUCCUUGAGAAGCGUUAGUUUGUUCCGGUCAAGAUUCUUCAACAUGUUCAACUGCAGGUUUACACACAUGUAGGUAUAUAUUUCAGGUGGAUAUACUCAGAAUGAUUGGCGUGCUCCUGCUCUUUGUGGAGUUUUCUACCGUAAGAACAUGCUCACCGCACCAAAUUUCCAAUUACUAGGUCCUUCGUCAUUUUAUGAAUUGGCAUUGGUAAAAGAAACAGAAAUUCUGUAACAGAAAUUUCAUCUUCCUUAAAAUUGGCAUCUAUUUGAGAUUUGCUUUCUAUAUGCAACUUUCCUCAAAGCUUUUUCAAUACUGGUCGUGCAUGUUGCAUGAAAGCGUUUUCGCUCCUCUUUUAGCAUACCCAAGGGGCAGGCCGACAUACUUCGUAAUCACAAUCGAUAUUCAGUUUCAUGCAUAUUUAUGUGCAUGUUUAAGAUAGUCUCCACAUCAGUAAUUCGAUUUGUAAAUAUUACAUAAUUUGAUCGAUAGCCUAUUGCCUAUUUUAUUUGCAUAUAAAAUAUUUUUCGAUUUCGUCAGUCUUAUUGCGUAGACUCGGCUCGACCAGGUCCCCUUGCCCUCUCUGUCAGUACAUAUGUAAAAAGGUUCUACUGAUUCAGAAUAAGUAGUCUUAAUUUAGCUCGAUCGAUCUACAUAUUGAUCUUCCAGUCGCUUAUCAAGCACUGUGUGAACAAAUUAGCAGCGCAGAUGGAAGUCAUCCAUGGCAGAGACGAGCUAAAUAUGCGAUGAGUUGUACGGUUUUUUCAUUCCUUGACGACGGACUCGCGUGAGAGUUCGAAACGUCGGACAAAUAAUCAAUUGAUCCCAGCGAUCGCCUUCCGGUCUUUUUCUAUUCAAUUACCUGGGCCGCGCGUAUCCUCUAUUAUUCGGUAUAUAUAUACAUAUAUAUAAUGGUAGUGGGCGCUCACCGAUCGUUCAUACGGAAUUCACUCGUUCCGUUGUGCCUUAAGGGCUCUCUCUCGAUCCCAACCAGCAGCCGCACAGCGGCGCAUGAUACAUAGGCAGAAUGGCAUUACCGACAAAGACAAGGGAGACUGGAAUGGCCAUUUCUGGCUUAUUAGCCGUCGUCAGCCAGCCAUACCCAAGCCCGAAGUGUGGAACACCCGAGCCUCGAACUCGCGACCUGUUGGUUUUUCAACUUUUCUCUGUCUGUAGCCUUAUUUUCUCUUCCAUGUCUACGUCCCCUUUUUCUACAUACACUCUCAUCUACUUUUUUUAAGUGACCAUCACUUCGGCCCUCCUGCUUACUUACUGGUGCAUCGUGCCACUUCUCAUUGCCUGUGCUGCCUGGUUCCGUCGUCAGAAGCAGGAUCCGGGUACAGAACAGCUGGUGGGAGAAGACUCCACUGGUUUGAAGAUGGGCCAGCUCUUCACAGACCUUCUCGCUGUCUACGGCUACUCUCUGACAGCAUUUGUGCCUUGCACCGUGAGCAUCCCGUCUACAUUCCCCUCUGCUCCCAGUUGUUUAAGUUUUCGACGUUUAUUGACUGAUUCUAUUAAUAGUAGGCCCACGCGUUGCCAAUAACGGGGACCACUGGUGCCCCAGAGAGGACACGAAAUAGCGAUUUGGUGAGCUGAUUUUCGCUCCAUCUACUUCGCUGCAACCAGGAUUCCGCGAGCGAAGACAACUAGCUAUGGGCGCGAGAGCAACGAAUGCUGAGCUAAGUCUACGUGUAAGGUGCACGUUCUCUGCCCCAUCCCCACACCGGGAUCAGUCGUCAAUGAUCGGGUCUGGAGUCGCGCGCACUAAGGGACCAUUGCGUCCUGACCCUCAGCCCUAACUAGGACCGAGUUACCGCGUCGCUUGGGCAACUCCAAAGUCACCGUGACCAGAACGUCAUCAUAGGGUGGAAGGCGCAUUUAGUUGUCAUUGGUUCGGGGUCGGGCGACCUCUAUCCCCUGUGCCCACGUCCCGUGUGAGUCAAACCAACUGGAGGAGCUAAGAUUGGGUGCUGCAGCUAGCCUUACGGGAAGCUUCCUUUGAGUGCGUGUCAUGUUCAAUGUUGAAGCAUGUGCUCGGACCACAUAACGUCUUAGCCAAUACCCACAUUUGUCAUUCUUCCGAGAACCGUCUGCGUUAGUGGGAUUUAAAUUAUAAGGAGUCGGUAAAACAGUAGAAAAUCGUUUUAUUUCGGCUUAUAAUGGUGUGUUCUCGCUAAACGCCUGCGGGAUAGCACACUAUUUCCCUAGAAAUGUAUAAUUUUUCAUUGCCUAUGUAUGAUUGUCUUGACCACUUUUAGACCGAUAUAACUUUUAGUCGUUUUCAGCUAGCUCCGUCUGUUUUUAAUUUGAUUUUCCAGCAUUGGAUAAAUUUUAUUUCAAAUUCAUCAGCGAACUGGGGAUUGGGCUUUUAAGACCGAACUUCCCAGAUCUGACUGUGAUUUGAAUGCUGUCUUCGCCAUCAAGGGGAAAGUUACCCCGUCAUAAUCGAUGACGACCUAUCUCGCCAGUUGAAGUCUGUGGAUUGGGUGUUCAUGUCACUGCCGAUUCAUCUCCAGAAACGCGGUGGUCCUGAUUUCUCGUGAUGAAUGAACGAUCCCGUUUGACCCUUGUGUAUCCAAGGGUAUCACCUGCUAUGUACCCGAUCGCAACCGACAGCACAUUGAGCCUGUGGCUCAAUAGUUAGGACGUUAGACUUCUAAUCAGCAGGCCGUGUGCUCGAGUUUCGUGCGUCGCAUACGUCGGGCCUGGGUAUGGCAGGUGAAUGACGGCCAACAAGUCAGAAAUGGCCAUACCAGUCUCCUUUGUCUUUCUCGGCAAUGCUAUCCUACCUAUAUUACGCUCCGCAAUCCGACUGCUGGCGGGGUUCGAAAGAAAACCCCAAGGCACAAGCGGACCAGCGAGUUCCGUAAUGCGAUCGGUGAGCGCCUCUCUGCCAUCAUCACCUGUUGGUAGCCAUGAUAUCCCUAUAGGCUGUUUGACUUCCUGUGUUCUUUACCUGUAUGAACGCUAUUAGAGUGUUCUAUUCUUAUUUUAGCUCCUUCUCGUGAUUCCCUCCUUUGCCGCGCAAAUGACGAUUCUUGUCCUGGCUACCGCGCUCUCUUGCAGCGUUUUAGCCACAGCCACCUUGAAGACCUUUCAACAUCACAAGAAACAGGUAAAUUUUCGCCCUUGUGCGAUGCCCGGUUUGCCGUCGCCAGUCCCAGUGUCGGGUUGGUUUUCCCUAGCUCUAAGGCCUUUGUGGGCUAGUGCAUGUGGCUGCCUUUUAAGUUGUACUCCACACGUGUUUAUGCCGUAAGCGUGUGUUACUGCGUCAGUAGUAUGCCGUUUGUUUUUCCAGAGGUGUGAAUCUUGUUUUGCGUCUCGUGCGUCUCGUGACUUUUAUUGUAACCGGCGCAAAGAUGUAUUUUCACAGCCAAAACUGCCACGUCGUGGUGUCGAAGACCUGCUGGCAAGCGUUGCGUUUCCACUGUCGUCCUCUUGCACCUGCUUUGGAUACUUUAAUAACCCGAUGUAUUAGGGGCCUGCCGUCGGCUGUGCUGGAAAUCGGUACUCUCUUACCCUAUGACUGCCACGCAACCCACCCAUCAGCUUCAGUCAAGACAGGAAAACUAAUUGCAAGUUGCCUAAUCGCAAUCCCCUCUUCCGCAUCUAGGAGAUUUGCCUCAUAGUCUCAGCAGAAACUUAUCCCAACACUGCGCUGGGCUCCUCAUGUGAGCCAAAGAUGGAGGAUUGUCGGACGACAGAUCAGCCCUUGGUUGCUGGGACGCCUAAAACAGUCGGCAUGAAUUCCCGUCGUCGUCGUCCGCUGUGUUGAUUUCGCACUUCUGUUUUUUGUAUCUAGUGCAUAAUUGCUACAGUAGGUGGGCCAACUCAUUAAAUGUCAACCGAAAUUCCGAAAUGCGUUAUCGUUUCGGAAAGAUUAAUUAAGUUUGUAAAACUAGUCAGCCUGCAGCAUAAUUCUAUAAUAGUUCGGAUACCUCAGGGUGCCGGCUUUCGAAUGAACUUUCUUCCGGCUGCAUGCAAAACUCUAAAAAAAUGACUUCUUAGGUUGUACGAAUUUUUCAUUGAUUUUUUCGUUUUCAUUUUUUUAGUUUUUUUUCUUUCAUUUUUCAUUGAUCUUCGAUGCUCCUAAAAGUCCACUUAUAUUGUUUGAAAAACAUGCAGAAAAUAUUCAUUAUUUUGCUCACUCGGUACAUAGUUACGUCUUCUUUUAAUUUUAUGCUCGAAGGAGGGACAUAAUUUGGUUUUAAAAAGUUUAUAAUUGUGGGACUUUUAAAUACCGUGAAAUGGCCAUUCAUAAAUCGUCAUGUCUCUGCAUUUAUCAAUGUGGAUCGUAAAAUUAACAAUAUGGUUUAAAUUCCCUGAUAAAUUUUAUGAACGUCAUAGUGUCUACUUUUAAUGCCAUAGAGAGGUGUGUGGUUUUCCAUACGCGCAAAAUAUACGGCUUGUACAUUCGAAAUCCUGAAUGCAAGUGUAACGGCGGGUCGGGUCCAAAAUUAUUCGGGAAUUGGAAAAGUUUCUCAAAACCGAAUCAUGCCCUUCCUUCGAGCAUAAAAUUGGAAGGCGUAAUUGUCUACUGAGUGAGUAAAAGAAUGAAUAUUUUUAUGUAUGUUUUUCAGUGAGAAAAAUUUAUGCUACUUAGGUAGUCAUUUUUUACAGUGUCGUUUUUACAUGCCGCCGGAAGGAAGUUCAUUCGAAAGCCGGCAUCCUGAAUUGACUGAAUUUUUAUUGGAUUAUGUUUCAUGGUGAUUAGUUUUACAAACCUACUUAAUUAAUCUUUUCGAAACGAAGACACAUUUCGGAAUUUCGGUUAACAUUUCAUGACUUAGCCCACCUACUGUACGUACUGUCACAAGCCUGUAUCCGACGGACCAUGUUUUUCGGCCCAAAACGACUCCUGGGCUUAGAGUGACGCGCCCCCCCCCUCCCCGCGCUCGGUAGCACCAUAUAUGGCGGUUCACUAUUACCAGUCCUGCGUAGAUUCUAUUUAUACCAACCUUUUCUCUAGAUCAUAUUUUAUACAGCACAUGCAGGACCGGGGCCAACUGCAGUGACCUCUGCGCCUGAACCUUCCUCAUCCUUCAGAAUACGCGUGGGGUCCGCCUAUCGCCGGACGGACCGUGAAACUCGGUCAUUUAUCGAAAAUUUCAUACCCCCCUCCCAUCCUUGACUUGUUCUAAAGACGUAAUACACGGUAUAUAUGCUAACUCAUGAAAAAUAAGCCGAAAUUGUGAUAUUCGUUUUCGACCCGAAAAGAUUACUUAAACAGGGUCGUAAUAUUAAUCACCGUGUAGCAUUAUCCCAUGAUAAAAGAAGUUCAUUCAAAAGCUGGCAUCUUGAAGUAACUGAAUUAUCAUGGGGUUAUGCUGCAUGAUUAACAUCUCACGAGUUAGUACACCUACUGUACGUGGGACCUCCCCUAGUGUUCUGAUAUUGAUUUACGACACUAGCUUCUGCCGAAGGCCUGUGUUGGAAUACUAACGGACGAAAGGUCUCUACGCUCCAGAGCUUCUUUGGUGUGCACGCGGGCAGCCCUUCUGGUUCUUGCCUCUAAAAACAGAUUGUUAGUUUGCUGACAAACACGACAAUCUGAGUGUCUGGAGGACGAUGUAGAGGAGCGAGCGCGAGAACGCUAUUUGCUGGAAGUCGUUGUUCCCGAUUUGAGCACAUCACCGGAGACAGAUACAACUGUGGGCAUGGGACUCAGAGAACUUACGGAAUUUAUGAGCUGUGGUUGUCAUUCAACUGUCUGUCGACCCACAUUCAUCUUGAGUUGUUUUUUUUUCAGGGAACCUCUUGACCGGGACACUGUUUUCAACUCCUUUUUCUCCUUUUAGAACGCGAUCGUCUUUGUAGUCAUCGUCAUCGUCCUGCAUCUUGCAAUGGCUGUGUGUUUGUCAGUAAGUGUAUUGGGGGCUUUUAGUGUUUAAUUUCCUCCGAUUUUCAUAACUACUCCUGCCGGGGUGUUCCUUCCUACUGUUCGCCACAUCAAACGUCCGGCCGCGUGCAGGUCAAUGACAGUGGUGUGUGUUUAAAUCGAGCCAAACUCCCUGAGUCGACGCUGAGGGUCGCAUUACGAGAGCUGUUCCACCCCGAUGUCAUUCCCUCUAAGGGCAGAUGGAAUUUUUGAUCCUUAGUUGGGAAUUCUUUCUGCUAGAAGGUUCCUCUUUCGAUCUGAAGUCUGUCAGCAUUGACGGUAUUUCUAUGUUAAACUGGCGAGCAAAGCUACCGAUUUCAAUUUUGGUUGUCGACGCUUCAAGAUCGCGAUGAAAGAUGUUCAUUGGUUCUCCUACCUCUGCAGCAACUCACCGACUUUGUGUGUGCAUGCUAAUUAAUGUCACUUGGCCAGAACUGACUGCCUGUAGACUGACUCGUCGAUGAUGACUCAGUUUGAAGCAAACUUUGACCCUGAGUCGCAUGUCUAAUAAUGGGUUUUCCUCUUCCAGUGAUGCUGCAAUUACUGUUAUUAACAUAUCAAAAAUAGCCUCUUUAGAUCUGUUAAAUUUGUGGCAAAUGUGCUCGCAGAAACUGUUCCAGUGACAACCGGUACUGUUGCCUAUUUUCCAAAGCUCCCCUCGAUAAAGCAUUCUAAGUUAUUAAAGGAAGCGAGUGUCUACCAAAUGGAAUAACUUGCCUUUUUAACCUCCCAGUUCGUUGUAGUCAUCUUUUGAUUUACAUCAUUUAUGUUCGAAUUUUGCUGCUCAACGUGGCAUUAUACACUCUGUUUGAGUCCUAUACCUCCAAAUUUAGUCACUCACGUGCGCUCCGCAAACCCAGCUUCUUCCUCUUCCUAGCUAACGAUCCAAACUGCUUUCUCUAGCACGUCAUAGGUGUUCUUCAAGUGUUCUUCCUUUCCGUUCAGAGUUGACUGACCACUGCGUUUUCCGACAUAUGAGAGGGCGCUUAAAACUGCCUGCUGGCUUGAUUUUUGCAGGCUGCUACUCGACGACUUUUCAUCUGUGGUAGGGAGCGCUCACCGAUCGUUCUUACGGAACUCACUCGUUCCGUUCUGCCUUGCGGACUCUCUCGAGCCCAACCAGUCUCCCUUGUCUUUGCCGGUAAUACCAUUCUGCCUAUAUCAUGCGCCGCUGUGCGGCUGCUGGUUGGGCUCGAGAGAGAGAGCCCUUUAGGCACAACGGAACGAGUGAGUCCCGUAUGAACGAUCGGUGAGCGCCCCCUACCACUGCAUGUUCCCGAUCGAAAACCGACAGGGCAACGCGCUCGUGGCCCAGUGGUUAGAGGCGUGGACUUCUAACUAACAGGUCGCGAGUUCGAGCCCCGGGUGUUCCACACAUCGGGGUUGGGUAUGACUGGCUGGCGACGACUAACAAGCCAGACAUGGCCAUUCCAGUCUCCCUUGUCUUUGUCGGUAAUACCAUUCUACUUUUCAUCUAUUUCGGCGUACAUAAUUCUCCCAUUCGUCGUCUUAUCUCCUUUCAAAGCCUUAAAUUCCGUCUCCUGCUAUUCAGCGAACUUGUCAUCAAGGCAUCGACACCGUACUUAUUGCAUUUGGCUUCACUUUUAGUGUAAAGAUGCUAUCGAGCUAUUGACCUCAGUGAAAUAAAGUCGCAUAUGUGCAUUUGCCCAAUCAUCAGUGGUACAUGCCGUGUUAUGUAAUUUAGAAUUGUUACUGGCAAAGAUCGUGGACAGUGGAAUAGCCAUUUCUGACUCAUUAGUUGUCAUCAACGCAGUGAUAACCAACUCCGGGUUCUGGGGUAUAUCAAACCAUUUGCGUGAAAUCACUGAUGGAUAUUAAAUCAAACACUCAUACCACGUGAACCAUUCGACUGAAUUCGGUAUUAUUGACUUCUGCUCGCCAUUCAACCGCUUUUGUGACUUUUAAAUUCAAAAGGCAAGCUAAAAUGUCCACUUGAAUCCUACAUUGAUGGACGCUUUUGCACAAAACGGCUAUUUUGCCUGCCUUUCAGCUGGUCUUCUUCCACCAACCAAGUGAAGUGGCCUCCGCUGCGACCCCGCUCACUACAGCCGCAGCACCGCCUCACAAUGACACAGCGAGCCAACCAAUCGGAGCAAAUCCAAAACUCUCCGAGAGCAAAAGCGCAGAUAUUCCGAAAGAUGAUGGCAAACUGCAAAAGGGGGCGAACCCGCCAGCGCCCUAG